AUGGCUACCCCUAGCGUUCUCACCUUUGAUGCUGAGGGUCGGGCUGUCGAUUUUGAUGUGUGGGUCAAUGAUCUGCAGCUUUUCCUGCAGAGCGAUAGGAAAGACGAUCUCUCACUGUUCGAUCUCACGUCUGGUGCCUGUCGUGCCCCUAUUGCCGAUGCUGACAGCACUGUUCGCUCCCAGUGGGCCACACGCGAUGCUGCUGCCCGUCUUGCUGUGCGUAGUCACUUGCCGUCCACUGAGCGCGCACACUUUAGUCGGUACAAGAGUGCUAAGACCUUGUACGACGCUGUAGUUGCACGCUACUCUUCCCCUGCCACUGCUGCCCUGAGCCGCCUCAUGCUACCUCGGUCGGCGCUGCGUCUGCCCCUAGCGGGAGACGCCGCACCGGCAAGGGCAAGGGGGGCAAGGGCGCUGGAGGAGCUGGUGGUGGCGGUGGAGGUGGUGGUGGAGGCGGCGGAGGGAGUGGGGGUGGCGGUGGGAGUGGUGGCGGGGGUGGGGGCUUUGGUGGCGGCGGUGGAGGCGGAGGCGGUGGCGGCGGUGGCGGUGGGAGCGGAGGAGGCGGCGGUGGCGGCGGUGGCGGAGGUGGCGCCGGCGGCGGUGGAGCUGGCCGGGGUGGCUCUGCGCAGCGGGGCGGUUACGGUGGUGCGGGGUGGGGGUGCUGGUCCUUGUGCCUACGUCCUGCGUACCGGCGACCGCACUGGUGAGCCGUGCGGUGGCCCGCACACCACCCAGCGCUGCUUCGGCCGUCUGACGGACGCUUGGCGUCUCCAGUUCCCUGACGCCACUGAGAUCCCCCGCUGGGGCGAGGUGCUUAGGUCGGGGGUUGCUAUCUUUGAUAUGGAUAAUGAUGCUAUUCUUGCUGCCAUGUAUGUUGUGUCUACUAGUGAUGAGGGUGACUGUUACCUGUGUGUUCCACAUGACCCGAACAUUGAGGCUGCUGCUCUAGGUGGUAGUGAGGCUGCUGUGCUAGGUGCUUGUGCGUCUGCUGCCCCAGGUGCUGGUGAGUCUGCUCUCUCAGUCAUGGCUACCCCCAGUGUUCUUACCCUUGAUACUGAGGGUCGUGCUGUUGACUUUGAGGUCUGGGUCGAUGACCUCCAGCUGUUCCUCCAGUGCGAUAGGGCAGACGGCCUCUCCCUGUUCGACCUCACCUCUGGUGCCUCCCCUGCCCCGCCUGCUACUGCUGACAGCACUGUUCGCUCACAGUGGGCGACACGUGAUGCUGCUGCCCGUCUUGCUGUGCGUCGCCACUUACCGACCACUGAGCAUGCACACUUUAGCCAGGGUGUUCCCCCUCCCCCCUCUUGCCCUCUGUUGCUUCUGCUGCUGCGGCCGACCUCGUUGGUUUCUACGGGGUCGGCGCUGCGUCUGCCCCUAGCGGGAGACGCCGCACCGGCAAGGGCAAGGGGGGCAAGGGAGCUGGAGGGGCUAGCGGGGGCGGUGGAGGUGGUGGUGGAGGUAGUGGAGGGGGUGGGGGUGGUGGUGGGAGUGGUGGCGGGGGUGGCGGCGGCGGUGGCAGCAAGGGAGGUGGAGGAGGCGGCGGUGGUGGCGGAGGGAGCGGAGGCGGCGGAGGUGGCGGAGGCGGCGGAGGUGGCGGAGGCGGCGGAGGCGGCGGCGGCAGCGGCGGUGGAGCUGGUUGCGACUCUGGGCAGAGGAGUGGGUCCGGUGGCGCGCGGUGGAGGUACUAGUCCCUGCACUAACGUCCUCCGUACCGGCGACCGCGCUGGUGAGCAGUGCGGGGGCCCGCACUCCACCCAGCGUUGCUUCGGCCGCCUGACAGACGCGUGGCGUCACAAGUUCCCUGAGGCGUCAGAGAUCCCUCGCUGGGGAGAUCUGUCUAGGGCGGGGGUUGCCAUCUAUGAUCUUGACUAUGAUGCUAUUCUUGCUGCCAUGUAUGCUGUGUCUACUAGUGAUGAGGGUGACUGUUACCUGUGUGUUCCGCCAGACCCGGGCAUUGAGGCUGCUGCUCUAGGUGCUGGUGAGGCUGCUGCUCUAGGUGCUAGUGCGUCUGCUGCCCCAGGUGCUAGUGCGUCUGCUGCCCCAGGUGCUCGUGAGUCUGCUCUCUCAGGUAAUACAUCGGCUCAGGCCUUACACACCUUCACCCUUGACUCGGGUGAUUCCCUCUCCUUCUUUCGAGACCGCACCACGCUUACGCCGCUUAGUCGGCCGGUUGCAGUCUCCCUGGCGGACCCCUCUGGGGGUCCUGACCUUGCUAGCUUCUCCACUAUCUUACCGUGCCCGGCAGCCCCCUCUGGCACCCUGUCAGGUCUCUACCUCCCCUCGUUCUCUACGAACUUGGUGAGUGGAGCAAACCUACAGGAUAGGGGGGUUGACCAGUUCACUCCUGCGAGUCAGCGGGUGACCCACUGCACGUGUGCUCGGACAGGCCGACACUUGGCCACGUUCAACCGUCGGCCAGGGUCGAGCCUGUACACACUUACUACUGAGUCUCCUCCGGCUGCUGAGUCUGGCCAGGUGUGUCCCAGGUAG